AUGACUUAGAGAAACUAACCCACAACUCAAGAUUUAUCUGUGGACAGAGGUUAAUAAAAUAAGGAACAAACUACUUCUUUAAAUCAAUCGUUAGUUGGGAACGAUAAGCUUAGAAGUUCCAUUAAUACUGCUAGGAAUCAAGCAACAUAAAAUUAAUAAUAAAUUAAACUUAUUUCUGAAAAAUACAAGCCAGUUAGAUAAACUUCCACAAACAAUAGCAAGAGUAGAAAUAAUUCAAGCAACAAUAAGAGAAAUCUAGGAUUAUUUUCUAAAACUUUAUAGCAUACAAAGCAACCUGAAAUUAUACCAAGACAGGCAUUAUACAAGGAUUCAGUUUUACCAGGAAGUAGCAAAAGAAGUAGUCAUGAACCAAAAACAUACAAUUCAAACUAAUCAGACAAAAGAACACAGCUGUAUUAAGGUUAAUCUCAUACAUAGUAAAACCAUAAUGAUAUUAAUUAGGAUUCAAAAAAGUCGAUAUAAAGUCCAUCUGAAUAGAAUUACAACUUUCAAAACUAGGUUUAAAAUCAUUCCUUUUCUUAAUCAAUGGAGGAGGAAAAGCCUGCUUCAAAUCAAGUAGAUCAAAAUUUAUUAGAAAUGCUAGAUAAGGCAAUAGACCUGGACUUCUUUAAUAGAUCUCAGCAAAAACUGAAUGAAUAAGGUGAGAUAAGAAGUGGACAUUCGAAGUCAUUAAAUCGAAUCAUUGAAAAGAAUGAUAGUUAGUAGAUUUAAGCAAAUAGAAGAGAUACAAGUAAAUUCAAUUCUUCUUUUCAAAAUAAGAGUAUUGGAUCAGAUUCAAACAAUCACAAAGACUAAAUAAACAGAGAUAAUUAUAGCUUUUUAGAGAAGAUGGUAGACUAGUCAAUUGAAUUCAAUCCAAAUGAGAUGCUGUAAAGCGAUAAUAUGAUUGCAAAUAGUAAAAAUGAUAGUGAAUUAAAUGAUCAGUAAAAUAAUACAACGGAUUUGAUGCACAAAAAUAUCUUUUACAGUGAUCUUAGAGUAUCAUAAGCAGAUGGAUUGGAAAUAGAAAAUCAUUUUAUGAUGAACUAAAUAUCUUAGAAUAAUGGUAACAUGGAGCAAUACUAAAUUGGUCAUAUUAAUAAUCCCCCAUUCACCACUCCAUAAAAAUAAAAUUUAACACCAGUUAAGGAUAAUACCAAAAAUAGAGAGCGUCUUAAAACCCCUGAUAGUAUUUCUCAACUACUGCAAGAAGUAGAAAGAUUCCAAAAGAAAUAGGAUCAGCCAUAACUAGAGCAAGAACAAAGACAGGGCAUUUCAGAUUUUAGAGAUAUAUUAAAUCAAGAUAAAAGCAAAUCUUUUACUCAGAUUGGUGGAGACAUCCCGAUGUUAACUAAUUCAUUAAAAGUAAAGGGAAUAAUUAAAAGUAUGAAUGAAGAAUAGUAAGAACUGAUUGGAUAAAUUUUGAAACAAUUGGGCGUUGAGCAAUAAAUGAGAUUGAAAAGUGAAGAGCAGCAUCUUUUAAUGAUUGACUCUUUGGAAGAAAAUAGCAAAAAACUUUUAGUCACUUAGAACAGCUUUGGUUCUCCAUCUCAAUCUUAUAUUAAGCAUAAUGAUAUUGAAAAGCAUUUGUCAUCUUGA